GGCAGAUCCGAAGUCUGCAAGGACCAUGACACAGGACUUGAAGUUGCUAGUACCACUCCACGUAUCGUACAUUCAGAACUUGGGAAAGAGCCAAGAUGAACUGGCUUAUCAUCUUACCGCCCAUCUGCGAAUGAAUGCGAUAUAUUGGGGUCUGACAGCCCUGUAUAUUAUGGGUCAUAAGGAUGCACUCGAUCGCGAAGAAAUGAUAGAGUUCGUGAUGAGUUGUUGGGACGAAGAGGCAGGGGGGUUUGGGGCUCACCCAGAUCACGACGCCCAUAUCCUGUCCACAUUGAGCGCGAUCCAAAUUUUGAUAAUGCAGGACGCUCUCGAUAGGCUCGAUGUUGAUCGCGUCGUCAAGUUUAUACUUUCUUUACAACAGCCCUCAGGCGUAUUUGCAGGCGACUCGUUUGGAGAGGUGGAUACCCGCUUCCUCUAUUGUGCAGUCAACGCCCUGUCUCUGCUCGGACGUCUUUCUGAACUGGACGUUGAGAGAACUGUGUUGUACAUCUGCGAGUGCAAAAAUUAUGAUGGUGGAUUUGGUGCCACAGCUGGCGCAGAAAGUCACGCUGCGCAAGUUUUUGUUUGUGUUGCUGCACUCGCGAUCCUCGAUAGGUUAGACGUGGUUGACCAGCAGACUCUAUGUUGGUGGCUGUCCGAACGACAGUUGCCUAAUGGCGGCUUGAAUGGCCGUCCGGAGAAGCUAGAGGACGUGUGUUACUCUUUUUGGGUUCUGUCCGCGCUGUCGAUCCUUAACAAAAUGACCUGGAUCGAUUCCGAGAAACUUGUUUCUUUCAUCCUCUCAGCACAAGACCCCGAGUCGGGUGGCAUAGCUGACCGUCCCGGUGAUAUGGCUGAUGUAUUCCACACUCAGUUCGGCGUAGCCGGUCUCUCGCUUUUGGGAUACCCUGGUCUAGUGGAUUUAGAUCCAGUUUAUUGUAUGCCUGCCAGCAUCAUUGAAGCUAGAGGUCUCAGGAAGGGAUGGAAAUCCUUGCCUCGUAAGUCGGUCUGAACAACACCCCACGAAUGGUACACAAGAUAGUUUGUUCCGGCCAAUUCACCGAUUUUGUCGGUAUGUUACUAGUGAAUAACAAUCACUUGCGGGGGGUCGUUUUUCAGCAUUUUAGUGUCGUUUGGUUCGCGGCCUGAAGUUAUUUUCUGAGCAUGUUGGAGAAUAAUCCAUUGCAUACAUCACUAGCGAUACCGCAAACAACUAACUGGAC